AUGCCUGCCGGUGUCCAACGGGGCUUCACCCGCGCCCUGAUCGAAUGGGAUCCAUCAAACUCCGGGACCACCGCCGCGCCGCCCGCCGGACUUGGCGCGGACCUCGGCGAUGACAAGGGCCGCAUGUUGAUGGCCGACACCUGGAACGCAGACAUCUACGCGCCGCUGAAGGCGGCGGUGCGGCCGGAGGACGUGCACUGCGCCAAGAGCCGAAUGAGCGGCCUGUGGACCGAGACGCAGCCGCUGUGGCGGCACCUGCGCGGCGCCGGCAAGAAAACGCUGUUCCUCACGGGCGUGAACACGGACCAGUGCGUGCUGGGGACGCUGAGCGAUGCGUACAACGCCGGCUGGGACUGCGUGCUCGUCGAGGACUGCUGCGGCACGACGACGGAGUGGGGGAGGGAGGUGUGCUUGUACAAUGUUGGUAAAAACUACGGGUUUGUUGUUGACUCGAAGUCUUUUACGGCGGCGGAAUGA